UUCACAGCCGUCGCGCACAUCGGUAGUCAGGAACAGUCAUUAUGAGUCGCGUGGGAGGAAAAUUUCUUCCAGCGGAAAAUUAAACAAACAUUUUGUCAGUUGGGCAUCGUUCUCGGUGAAACGUGAAACCUCUGGAGAUACACUGUAGCAAUAUCGUUACGCAGUUCGAUCUUUGCUUCGUUUGGCCGGCCUGUUGCUUGCUUCAAGUGUUGCUAUGGUGUGCGAGAUGGGUUAAUUGUAUUUGAACCGGUUGGGGCAGAGUGAGUCUAAGAUCUGCACUCUGAAAUUUCUUGAAAAGUGUAGAAAGAUAAAUAGGGAUGUUCAACUGACCUUCAAUCAUAUGAUUAAAUAGAGUAUUGAUUUUCGAAUGCACUAUUUGAGCAACCCCAAAAGGCCAGCGCACAUUCCCCGUCUUUCCCAUAUCGUUAGCCCGAUGCACUUGAAUAGUAGUGGCAGUGUAAGCAAACAGCUGUUGGUCGAUAGCCAGGAAGCAUCACCGUCAUCAUUUCCCUGUGCACUGCACUGUGUGGAGAAAAAUAACCACACCACCAGAAACAGCAUCAGCUCGACUGUAAGUGCAGUGAUAAUUGUACCAUUGCGCAUUUUUCUUCGAUAACAACUGGCAGCGGACGAACAGUAGGCGUUUAUGCGAUAUGCGUAUCGACGCAGUCCAGAACUUCAGUGCCUAGGAAAAAAUAAUUAUAAAGUGGUUCAAAAAGGGCUACAAGAUAGUGUGUUCUGUAAGUGUGACCCAUUGCUUCUUGGUGGACUGCUUCCCAGCGUAAGGAGCGACAUCAGUAACUGUAUGGAAAAAAGAGAAAAUAGUGAGCAGAAUACAGAGAAUGCAUUUCGUGAAGUCAUCUCCAGUUGUCGAUCGCUUAGCAAAUAUGAAACCAAUACGAGGUCCGCAUUGCCACAGAUUUUUUCAGCAAUCAUCGCCGCAGCCUUCCACAUCGUUAUCGGCAUUUCGCUAGCGUACUCCGCGAUCCUGAUUCCCCAGCUGGAGGACCCAGAUAGCGACGUGGUAGUCACGAAAGCACAAUCAUCAUGGAUUGCAUCGAUCAUUGUAAUUAUGGUCCCGAUCGGUUCGCUGUUUGCCGGUGUGUUGAUGGAGUAUCUGGGCCGUUUGAACACCAUCAAGCUGGCGGCGAUCCCGUGCAUCGUUGGCUGGAUUGCCAUUGCAUUGGCCGACAGUUUCUUCUGGAUCAUGGUCGGCCGAGUGCUGACCGGUUUCGCCUGUGCCAUAGGGACGAGCCCGGCUAUCGUGUACAUUACCGAAGUUUCGCGUCCUGAUAUGCGUGGGUCAUUGAUAUCGUCGGGACCGACUAUUGCAUCAUUGGGUAUGGUGAUCGCGUACGCCAAGGGUGCAUACUUAAACUGGCGACUGGUAUCUUGGAUCAAUAUCAUAUACACGAUCGUUCCUGUACUGUUAAUUCAAUUAUUCGUACCAGAAUCUCCUGUUUGGCUGGUUUCCAAAGGACGCAUUGAUGAUGCCGCUCGAUCGCUUAAGUUUCUCUACAAAAACUAUCCCCAACCUGAGCACACAAAUCAAACUCUAUCCGAGAUGCACCUUAACGCAUUGCUGAAGGAACGCGAAGCCAAAAUUCAAGAAGCGGAAAAAACUAUUGGUGCUAACAAAUCAAAGUUCCGUGGCUUCCUCAAACCAACCGGUUACAAACCGAUGAUCAUCCUAUUCUGGUUCUUCCUGAUCCAACAGUUCAGUGGUAUUUACAUUACCCUAUUCUUCGCCGUUACUUUCAUCAAGGAUGUUGGCACCGAGGUCAAUGCGUACACGGCUUCCAUUUUCGUCGGAUUGACACGGUUCACGAUGUCUCUGCUAAAUGCAUGGCUUCUUAAAAAAUUCCCACGAAGGCAGCUGGUGAUGGUAUCUACAACUGGGAUGGCAGCUUGUAUGUUCACCUCUGGCCUAUUCACAUUGUGGAUAAAAGACGGAACCACUACAUUGACCUGGAUUCCAGUCCUAUGCCUGCUGUUGUAUGUUUGUGCGUCCAUGGUGGGACUGCUGACAAUUCCAUGGACCAUGACUGCAGAGUUAUUCCCCACCGAGAUCAGAGGAAUAGGCCAUUCACUUUCCUACUCGAUGGCUAAUACUUUGAUGUUUUUGGCAGUGCAAAGCUACAGAUCAAUGACGGAUUUGCUUGGAGGCUCCUACGCGGUCCAGUGGAUGUUUGCUGCUGUAUCAGCGAUUGGUUUUCUUUUCGCUCUCAUAUUCCUGCCGGAAACGCAUGGGAAAUCUCUGGCGGAAAUCGAAGCGUAUUUCGCCGGUACGAAAGGGAAAAAGCGCACUCCUGUAACAGCACCGAGCAAUCCAGCUUCCAUUCAUCACAGCACGGUGACCGAGCAUCUAAUCAAGAGUCCAAGUUCUGCGUCGUUCAAAGUGAGGGAGGCAGAGUCGAUGUUAAAAAGUAAAGAAGUGGCUUAAAUAGAUUUACUAAGCUUAAAAAAAGGAUAUUCACUGCACCGUUCCGUACUUAUUCAUAUAUUAAUGAAGAAGACGAUAGUAAGUAGCAAUUAGUAGUCGUAAUAAGUGUACUUAAGUAUUGAGCUGGCUGGAUUAAUUCCAGAUGUAUGAUUAGAAUACGCACGUUAUAUUUUGAUAGGAUACAUUUUUCUACAAAAAGAGAUCAAAGUAUUAAAACUACGAAAAAACACCGCUAAUUAUUUAUUGCGAUGUAAAAGCUAUAUUUUAUUGUAUGUAGUUUGAAAGGUAAGAUAGGAAAGUUUUGAGAUGUUUUGCGAUUGCAGAAUAGUAGAUGUUUUCAAUGCCCAGUACAUGAUACACAGUGAAUUUUCUGCACGUGCGCACGAGAUAAUGUGAUUAGUUAGUAUUCAGGACGUGUUCGACAAAACCAAAUUGUGAUUUUUUUUUAUCGUCGCCGGAUUGAUUUUUAUAGCACUACUCCUAAAGGUUCACACUAUAAGUUCUGUUAGAGUGAAAUCAUCGUGAUUCGUUUUUUUGUGUUUAUAAGAUCUUAAUUCUCGUAACAAAAAAGAUAAAAUUUAGUUUUUUUAACUUAGGAUAGAACAAAGCAAAUCUUUGAACGAAUUCGGGCUUAACAAGUUACAAGUACGAUGAAUUUAAUAAAUGGAUCACUUUUCGAGGGGAUUUAACAGUA